ACAGGAAAGUCGUUUUGUCAGUCAUAGUGUUUUUUUAUUCUUAUCCGGUGUUGAUGUCUUGUGUCGCGCGAUAAAAGCAAAUAAAUUGCUGAACCGUCAGCUUAGAGCAAUCUAACUUGCAAAAUGCAAUGUAUAUACCAGCCCUAUGCAUCGCCAGUGUAUGUGUAUGUAGUAGUUGUUAUUUUAGCAUCCGGAAGGGUAUCGUAGUUCAGACAAAUCCAGUAGAUGGUGCUCCGAUCAGAAACAUGAGAUUUCGGUCGCCACUGCCUAUUAUUAUUUUCCCAAGAAUAUCGGUUUCAAGGACAAUCCUCCUAAUUAUUGGAUUGCUAGACAUACGUAGUUUUGCAGAGACCAGUGUUAAAGAAACUGAAAAAAUUGAUUCAAUCAUGAACAAUUUAUUAAACAACGAAACUACUCAAAAUGAAUCAAGUCUGAUGAUACCUGUAGCAGAAAAACAAUCACGAAUUCCUCAUAAUUUAGAACACUAUAACUUAAAGAGGGAGACGCCUCACCAAACGUGGAAUAAUAGUAAUUCACAAAAUCGAUCAAUGAAAAAUGAAGUUUUACCUCUCAAAAACUCAGAUAAAAUCGAUUUUAGUAAAAAGCCUACUUUAAAAAACUCAGGAUGGCUGUAUAAUCACGAAUCUCCUACUCAAUGGAAACGAGAAGCUUACGAAGGAAUGAGCAAAUCGUCUUCUUCAGAAACUCAACAGUAUCAUGCUCAAGUGUAUGAAGAUUACCAUCAACAGCAGCAGCAAAAACGAGAACAUCCUAAAUAUGUAGAUGGUUAUAAUACAAUUCCACCUAAUGAUUACAUAGACAAAUACAGAGAUUACGGAAAUAUCCUUGAAGAACAGGAGAUCCAAAAGUGGCGAAAUUCCUAUUAUCCAUCAGAUGGUGGCGCCUCCUCUUUUGGUUGUUCCUGGUACAAACAAGACUCCACCUGCCAAACCAACGACGAUUGCAACAGUCGAACCUCCGCCUUCUUAUCAACCCUCGGAAUGCUAGGCGAUUAUUUCUGGCAACUAAUUCAACUAAUGGCAAUCAGUUUUCUUCCCUUUGUGAUACCCAUUCUCGCCCUGAAGCUUCUCCUCGUACCUCUCAAGAUUUUCAAAUUCCUACAGUUGAUUAAAUUCUUCUUCAAAGUCUUCAUUGUGCUACCAUUCAUAAUUCGUAUCUUUUAUCCAGCAAUUUCAAACGUCUUUGGAAUUCAAAAUUUAAUUGGACUUGAAAAUUUAUUUCACUCCAAGCCUUCUCAUCCCGAUCAUCAUUAUCAUCAUGCGGAAACCAGGGAAGAAAAUAAUGUUACUAGAAACUGGCACAGUGAUCUCGAAGAGUAUAUUCAUCACUAUGGCAAUAUUUCUGGUGAAAGACUUCUUCAAGGUUGCCCUAGGAAAGUUGCAUGUGAAUUAGGGUCUUUUCUUUCAGCCUCUGUGAAGACUAAAUUCCCGAAGAAAUUAGCCAACUACUUGAUGGAAAAGGCGGAGAGAGCUGAAGAAGCUGAGAAAUCGAGUAAGAAAGAUAAUCUUCUGGAAUCAGAAAAAGUGAGCGCAGUUAGGGCUUUCAUUAUCGCAAUAGGAAGAACGUGGUCGAUCGAUCAGUGUGCCGUUUAUACGUGUAGUGUAAUCCUUUAAAAAAAUGCUUAUUCUAAUUCAGUUGGCCUAAACAAAGUGCGGGUGUUAUACGUUUAUCCAAAAAGUAAGAAUUAGGUUUCUUAAGUCUCUAUAGAUUAUUUUGUUCCAUUAUUAUUGUUUUACGGCGUAAGAACUUGCAUGCCGUAAAAUAAUAUUUUCUAUAAAACAAGUUAUUUAUAUACAUACAAUAAGACAACGAAAUUAGUAUGUUCCCUGUUUCGUACAAUUUCUUCGUAAGCCCCCGAUGAUUGAAAUUGCUCAAGAAAAUUCAAGCUCUUAAAACAAAGUAAUCAAGCGUUCAAAAUUCAGCAUUUUUAAUUUAAAAAGUUAAAUAAUUUACUAUUUCAAAAUUAUGCUCUUGAAGGUGCCAAGCUUUCACUUUCCAAUGGCCUAAAAAGCAUC